GUUUAUUCCCUAUUGGUUUUUGUUAUGCACAUGAAUGAAUUUUGAGGUGACCAAUGUGGAGACAUAUUUAUAUUAAAUAAGAUGAAUAUUCAACUAGGAUAAAAUUACAAUUAGCUGAAAAAAAAAUAAAUGAAAGACCAUUGAGUACAUGAGACAUUUUAAAAAUAUUUCAGAAUCAUAUGCUAUCAUUUGGUUUGCAGAGAUUUAAGUAUCUACCCCAAUACGGAAUUAAAUUUUUCUCAAGGAAUUUUCAAAGAGUUUCUACUCUGCUUCAUUUAAAUUUCGCAUUUCUGGGAAAUAUCAUGAAAAAAAAAUAAAAUGUCCUGAAUGUUACAAUGUGGAAGAGACUACAAUUGCAGUUACAAAGUGUUUAUGUACAUUUUUUUAUCACACUUUUAAUUACUUCAUGUUGUGGUAGAUAUUUAUCUUCUGAAAUAUUUGAUAUCAGUGAUGAUAGAAACAGCGUAGAAACAAAUUUAACUCAACCAUAUCAAAUAUCGUUAACAAUUACAGAAUCAUCAGUUAUUAAAUCAGAUCUAAUAAAUCUCAGUCAAAUUAUGCAAAAUCAUGGAAUCUUGUUAGAAACAUCGAUUCAGGAGGUUGAAAAACGAGGGAAUUCAAAAAUUACAAAUUUUGAGAUACUUGAUAUCAGUGCCAAUCUGCUAACAGCCUAUCAACAAAGAAAUCAAAAUAACCUACUGAAUAUUAUUGAUUUACAUCCCGUUAAAGGAAUUAUUAAAUUUGGUGUACCACUGGAUCGUGAACGUAUAUGUAAUGACUUACAAAAUACUGACAGACAGUGUAGGAUUACCUUGCUUAUAGCAGCCUACAAGAUCACUAGUCGAGGUGUAGAUCAUCAUGAAAUAACCGCAACAAGUGAAGCCGAAUCAGUUGUAAAUGUAGACAAUAAAAGACGAAAAAGUGAAUUAAUAUGCAUUGAAUUAAUUUUAACUUUACUGGAUAUAAAUGAUAAUUCGCCAUAUUUUCCACAAGUGCCUGGUAUUGAUAAUCAACAAAGAGUUAUUACUAUUGAAGAAGAAUGUCCUAUCGGUACAAUGGUAUCCCUACCAAUCGCUAACGAUAUGGACUCUGCCGAACAUGGCAUUGUUAAAUAUGAAUUUCAUCCAGUUUCUACACCUGUGGAAUUAAUGCAAGUAUUCGAAAUUGUUCAGUUUAGAGGACUUAGAAUUCAAUGUGAAGAAAUGACACUGAGUGAAAUAUAUACAUAUAAUUACUCAUAUGUUUCUUAUCAAUCAUCAAAUAAGGAUUCGCUUCCUUUGGUACCCUGCUUAAAGGUAAUUAAUCGCUUGGAUAGGGAAGAGGCUACACGUUAUACCAUACGACUUGUUGCAAUAGAUUCUGGCGGAAGAAAAGGUGAAACGAUUUUACGCAUAUUAAUAAAAGAUAUAAAUGAUCACGCCCCAUUAUGGCCGGAUAAACUUGAAACAGGAUUAUCAACAAGCAGUGUUUUAUUUAUGGGAUCAGAAAGAACCACAUCUAAGCCAAAAGAAAUGAUUGGAGAGUCAGGGCAUGGUAGGAUUACUGUUAAGUAUACUUUUCAAGUUCCUGAAUGUACUAAUCAGAGACAGUUGCUACGUUUAAAUGCAAAUGAUUUGGAUGAACCUGAUAGUGAGUACGGUCGAGUAUCAUAUAGCCUGAACGAUCAAACCCAGGACUUUGAACAACUGCGAAAAAGGUUAUUCAUUUCAGGAGAAUACAUUUACUUGACUGACCUAGGCCUUAAAGAUUUGAACCAAGCAAAUUUAACAAUAAUAAUAACAGCAGCGGAUGGUGCUGGUAGGAGUAGUGACGCAUGGAUUCAUCUUUUGGUGCAAGAUUGCAAUGAUCACAAGCCAAUGAUCAUAAUGAGAAAUAAUGAAUUUUCAGUUGUAGAAAAUGCAGUCGGUGAUCAACAAUUGGUUAGUUUAAUAACCGUACGAGAUUUAGACUUGACUACAUCACCGAAUUCAGAAUUUCAAUGCAGUUUAAAUGAUACCACCUAUUUAUCACUUCAUGAAGUUAUGUCUGGACCAAAAUUAUCUGAACAACACUAUCAUGAACGUAAUUCCAACACUAUGCAUUUAAACAAUGGAUUCUUAUCACAUAGACAAGACGGUGACAGCGAUCACAAGGACAGUUUCUCUCGUCAAGGUAGAUGGGUCGUUUAUCGGUUAGAAACUAAGAAUUCGUCAUCAUUUGAUCGCGAAGCAUCUUCUUACUAUAAUGUUUUAAUACAGUGUUCAGAUAAAGGUUCACCUAUGCUCACGUCGAACCGACUAAUAGCAAUCAACAUUGUUGAUGUGAAUGAUAAUCCGCCUAUAUUUCUAAUGUCUAAUCAACCUCAGUCAAGUCAUUUAUCUUUGCUAUCAACAGAAAAUCAUAGAAAACUACUUUAUCAAACAUAUUUGUCAUCGAAUCAACAAAAGAUAGAUCAAGCAUUUAUUUAUCAGUUUGUUUUACCAGAAAACUCUCCACGUGGUACCAUUGUUGGAAGUGUUCAUGCUGUUGACUUAGAUGCUGGUGACAAUGGUAAGGUUAACUUUGAAUUGAAAAGUCAAAUUCCAUAUUUUGCUAAUAAACUAGUAGCACUGAAUGAAGAUGAUAACUCGACAGACACAAAUAAUCAAAAUUUUCCUGGAGAUAAUGACAGCAGUAAUCAAAGAAAGACCAGUAACUUGUUCCAUAUGUUCAAUUUAGGUCCAAAUGGUGAUAUUCAAUUAGUGGAUGAAGUUGAUAGGGAAACAGUUGAUCGAUAUGAAUUACAUAUUAUUGUUAGUGACAACGCAAAAGUGAAUCGUUUGUCUUCAACGGCGACAGUUAUCAUCAAAAUAGAAGAUGUAAAUGAUUGUAGACCUGAAUUUUUUGGAGAUUAUGUAUUUGAAGUUGUUGAAAGUUAUGGUUCUUCUACGAUCCACCAAAUUCUUGGAUCGAUUGUAGCCGCAGACAAGGAUCUAGGUCGAAAUGGAUCGAUUACAUACCGACUUGGAUCAGAACAAAAUAAUCCGUAUACUACUGCUAAUAGUAAUAAUUUGAUCGACAACAAGAUAUAUAGUUCUACGCAAACAUUUGGCUCUCGCCUAAUACAGGUUAGUCACGAUGGGAAACUUACUGUCUACGGGGUAAUUGAUCGAGAGAAAACUCCUGUAAUUGUACUGACAAUUGUUGCUGAGGACAAUGGAAUUCCCAUGAAGUUGUCUAAUUCAGUUACGGUUACAAUUCAUGUACUAGAUUUGAAUGAUAAUAAACCACGUUUCAUUGAAUCAUCAUCCAUACAUUCACAAUCAACAAACAAAGAUGGGCUUGGUAAAGAAACUCCUGACAAUUCAAAGACAAAUUUUAUGUCUCCUGUGACCGGUUUUAAGUUGAACUUAAGUUUGGACACAAAUGUUGGAACACUUCUGACUGUGUUCGAGGCUUAUGAUCCAGACAAUGGUCCUAAUGGAACUGUUGUUUUUGAUAUGGCUUAUUCGGGUACGCUUGGUUUUUCAAAAGAAAUAAACAGUCGUAAAACUGGAGGGAUCGAUGAAGAUGAUUCUAAUAUUCCUACAUUUACCCUGCAACCGGAUGGACGUCUUCUUUUGUCGAAACGAUUAAUUUAUUCAGAUAUGAUAUCUCCCGUAUCUAACAAUCUGCCAAAACGAUAUCGCAGACCCGACAGGUUACUAAUACGUGUGUCGGACAAGGGACCAACUCCAGAACAAUCAAUUACCAGCUUACAGAUAUUUUAUUUUGAUCCUAUUGAUACUUUACAGAACGCAUUCUCUGAAAACUACUUUCCUGUUGCAAAUAGAAAAAAUGAUAUCCGCAAUGAACAUGAAAAUUCCAUGCUUAAUCCAGAUAAAGAAAGUGGGAAAAGCAAAUAUUUUGCAUAUAAAUCAAAUCUCCAAGCUUUAUUAAGUGAAAAAGAAGGCGGCAAAUCAUCAUCAAAGUCAUAUGUACGGUCAUCAGAAUUACCACAUUCCAAACCAUUUACAUUACCUGCUAUGUAUUUGCUAGCGUUAGCUGUUUGUUUAGCUCUGAUACUUGUUAUAAUCAGCUUUGCAUGUUUUUAUGUGAAACUAAAAAGAACAAAUGUACCAGACAAUGGGAAUGAAAAGUAUGAUAACAUUGUGAAAACUGAAGUUCAUGGAGAAAGCCUAAUCAGCAGUAAGAAAAAUGUCAGUGGUGAUAUACGCCUAGAUAGCACGUUGGCAAUUUACUCAAAAAAAGAUUUAGACGAUUCACAGACGCUAAGUAACUCAGGGAAUAAAAUCAUUUCUGAAUGUGGUAUCAACACUCUUAAUUACAGAAGCUUAUCGCCAACAUAUAUCGUACGGGACUGCGACCAUGUUAAUUUUCUUCAGUCCAGUGAUGCAUAUACGGAUACAAUUAUGUCUAUUCCUCAUUGGACAAUGGACUGUUCAAAUUACACUCCAUUAUCAGUUAAUCAGAUGAACUCAGUGGUAAAUUCAUGUUUGACGUCAACAAUUUCACAAAAUGAUUCAAAUAAACAAUUUAUCAGUAAUAACAAUCAACGACUACUGAAGAAUUCAACGUUUUUUAAGUCCCCUGAAUCUUUAUACGAAGAUCAGUCAACUCCAAUAUUAAUCAAUCAACUAGAAUUUUGUAAGACAUUAAAUCAUCCAACAAAGUACAAUUUACUCACAGAUAAUCAAGUGGAGGCCUUAAAUAUUGUCACAAAUAAUGACAAUAUUGGCAGUAAUAAUAACUGUAACACUGUAAGUAAAACAUUCCAGAAAAAUACAUCUGUAGUUAUUGAUUCUGCUCACAAGAAUAAUAAGUCAACAGUGGUUUCCCCUGAGACCUGUAAGCAUACCAGCAAUAAAAAUGCUCACAACUAUAAUGAACUGAGUCCAGCCAGUCCAUUAUCAGCUGAAAAUAAUAGCGAAGUGAUGUACUCCAAAAUGCAAAGACCUAAAUAUAAGUUAUUCAGCGGAAAAGCAUUAGAAACACUGAACAGUAAAAAGAACAGUAGUAAUGAUCUUAUUUUUCGCUGUUCGGUAACUACAGAUUCAGAUCAAACCUCAGAAAAUAAAUCAAACGACCUACCUCAGUUAACAUCUUCCUUUGUGUAGAUGAGCAACACUAAAACAUCAUAGUGAGAGCGAUAAUAGGCUUCUGCUAACGUUUGGUUGGAGUUAUAAGAUUAUCGAUAGUUCGUGUUUAUUUUGCCCUUAGUCAAGACGAAUAUGUAAAUAUAAGUAGUGGUCAUCUUGGUGCUUUUUUGUCUGAAAUCAGUUCUUCGUUAAAUAUACAUUUCAUUUUAUUUUUCAACUUCUCGAUCGAAGAACUCUGUACAAAAAUAAAAGUGUAUGAAUCCUGUUUUGUUGAGUUAAAUAUGGAGGUUGAAAUAAACGUUUUUAGAAUUACUUAUGUGACUAGUUCUCUAAUAUGAUCUUAGCAAAACGUUUUGCCUACUCUUUCAGCAAUAAGCGAAGGUUGUAAAUGUAGAGCAACGGUCUAUUGAUACAUCUUCCGUGGAUAGAUACGUGAUACUGCUAACUGCAGUUACCCGAACAAAUCUUAUAAAAACGUGUGCAGCCAUGAUUCAGCAACGCCUAAACUGUCAUUCUGAAUUUCUUACCACUUCUUACUAUUACUUUCACAGUUAUAUCUAAUUACACCCUCAAUCUGUACAACGAAACUUUUUAGUCUAAAUAUAUCUUCAAAUCUUCA